CUCUCACCGCCCAAAAGUUGGCAAUGAUUCUGCCGCCUUUUUUCAGGCGAUUCAAUCCAAACAAUCUCAGCACUUGCCAGUGUGCAACAACAUUCUUGCAUCCGGUAUCGCAGCUUCAAAAUGUCGAUGACACUGGCAACCACGUGGGUGAGGAGGGGAGUUGCCGCCCAAUUCCCAACCAAAUACGAGGUCAACGAGGCGGAACUCAACCGCAUCUCCAAACUCGCUCGACUGCAACUAGAGGAUGCGCAGGAAGAUCUCGAGAAUGCUCAGAACCCCAAGAAGUCCGAUCACGACGAUGAUGAGUCGGCCGAUUCAGACUCAGACACCGGUGUGCCUACUGGGGCCGGAGAGACGCAGUCUUCAAGCAAGCCUGCGGCCGAGGACGAGAUGGACGAUCUCAAAGAAUACAAUCUAGACGACUACGACAACGAGGAGGUAGACGAAAAAGGCGAAAAGUUCGCCAUGUUUGGCAACGUAGGAUCGUUGGCGUAUCACGCACCUCACGAAAAGGAUCCGUAUCUCGUCCUGCCAGAAGGAGAACAGGAUUCGGACGACGAAAGAGAAGAACUUCAAAUACUGCCGUCGGACAAUCUGAUUCUGGCGGCCAAGGUGGAGGACGAGGUGGCACAUCUGGAAGUAUUCGUGUACGAAGACGAGGCAGACAACCUAUAUGUCCAUCACGACAUUAUGCUGCCCGCGGUACCGCUUUGCGUCGAAUGGAUCAACUUCCCAGUGGGAGACAACUCUGGGCGGACCGAGGGCAACUUUGUCGCGGUCGGGACCAUGAGCCCAGAGAUCGAAGUCUGGGACCUGGACGUCGUGGACAGCAUGUACCCCAACGCCAUUCUGGGCCAAGAGCCAGCGGCUGAGGAGCAGGACGAGUCGAAGAAGAAGUCCAAAAAGAAGAAAAAGAAGUCAAAGGCCAACGAUGAAUACCACGUCGACGCUGUUCUCGCUCUGGCCGCCAACCGACACCACCGAAAUCUGCUCGCAUCGGCCUCGGCCGACAAGACCGUCAAACUGUGGGAUCUGAACACCGGCAAAUGCGCAAAGUCGUACAACAUGCAUUCCGGCAAAGUGUGCGCCCUGGAUUGGCACCCGACUGAGACCACGGUGCUGUUGAGCGGCAGCUACGACCGCAAUGUCGUCGCCACUGACAUGCGCGCCCCGGAUGCCGUGGCUCCUAGAUGGAUCGUCGAGGCAGACGUGGAGAAAGUGAAAUGGGACGUCCAUGACCCCAACUUCUUCUAUGUGACCACAGAAGGUGGCACAGUGCACUACUUCGACGCCAGGGUUGUGCCCACCUCCCACGACACACCGAGCAAGCCCGUCUGGACGUUACAAGCCCACGACGGCGCUGUGAGCGCCUUUGACAUUAACCCUACUGUUCCGGGCCUCCUCGCAACUGGCUCCGACGACAAGAAGGUUAAGCUGUGGAACGUGGAGGACAACAAGCCGAGCAUGGUGGUCUCGAGAAACCUCGAUGUCGGCCGUGUUUUCUCCGUUCAGUUCGCUCCAGACCCUGAAGUCGCUUUCAGACUCGCCGUCGCGGGAAGCAAGGGUCAGCUGCAGGUCUGGGAUAUCAGCACUAACCCAAGCGUGAGGAACGUCUUUGCCGGCAAGGUCAAAUUGCCCGAAACGACGGGGAAGGAACGGCUUGUGGGCAUCAAGGACGACGGUGACGAUGAAAGUGACGAUGAUGAGGACGAGGCUGGUGAGGAAGGCGGUGUUCAAACUGCCGCAGGCGGGCAGGACUGGGAAUCAAUGGAUGAGGACUGAAUGAGACAUACUGUAACUGGACUCUCCUUGACCCUGUGACCAUCAAGCGACGCUUGAACGAUUCGACAUCCUUCGGAAUGCGUCUUGGGGGCGUUUGCUUGAUAAACGCACCGGAGCAAAUGUAUUUCGACGUCUUAAAAGUACGAGUCCAUGCCGGGCCCUACACUUAGCAGUCCAGUCGGCCUGCUGAUCUGCUACCUAGGUGAGAUUCGACCACGACCUGCUAAGGCUGGCACAGUGGUUCAUGCUGCAAAGCCUAGGUGUGUAAGGUUAACUGAGCCACUGUCGGUGUGUGGGAAACAUGAUAUCGGAAUCGUCGCCUGAGACAGUGUCAACCCUCUGCGGAAAAAGUUCAGUCGGGUGCGAAGUUCAGAAAGAUGUUCACUAUACCCCUGUUCCGGAUGAUGGUUAGCAGUUCUUGUGCUGAGUCAAGCUGGACUCUAUGUGGACCUGUUCGGGUCCAACAUGCUCUCCUCAGAUAAGACUUCGUGACCUGACAGGGGAUCACGGGAAACAUCGCUUGGAAAACGACCUGGUCACUUCGCAGUCCGGGGUGAUUGGUCGAGUUCCCUAACCUUGCUGUCAAGUUGGCCGCUGCCACAGCUGCCAAGCAGGGAAGCUGCGAGGUCUUUUGUAGUCUUAAGUUACCUUGAACUCAGAACUCCCGAUUGUGCUUGGAAUUGCCAUUGGGGACUAAACAAGCAGUAUAUCUCCCAGAGUGAAUUCAGGCAGUUGAACGUGCCGGUCCCAUUCGUAUAUACCC